AUGAACUACACUAGCAAGCACCUGGCACAGCGCGGCCUGCCGCCCUGGACCUCGUUCUGCGUCAAGUACAGCGCCGUGCGCAACGACCAGUUCGGCCGCUCCCACUUCAACUGGGCCGUGCGCGGCACCAACUACCGCGUGCUGCGCACCGGCUGCUUCCCCUUCGUCAAGUACCACUGCUCCCGCGGGCCGCCGCUGCCCCUGGCCCGCCUUGACGCCGCCUUCGCCGCCAUCAAGCUCAUCAACGCCGGUAUCCCAACCUUAUUAUAUGGAAUUAUCUCCUGGUUCUUUGCCAAUGUCACAGAAACUGUUCACACAAGCUGUGGCCCAGUGACUAUCUAUUUUCUAAAUAAAGAAGAUAAAGGUGCCCUGUACUGAAAUUAUGUAUUCAGUUGCUUCUCAUUGAGGGAAGAAGUGAAUGUUAGAGUCAGUGAAGAUGAAGAAAUCAACAGCUUUGGAAAAUGAAUUGAUUCUACUGUCCUCAGAGGUGUUAGCUGUCCAAUCAAUGACUGAAAUACUUAUUAUUGGGAAUGAGCUACUGAUGGUUUUUUUUUCUUGUUGAUAUACAUUUGGCCAUGAUUAUAAUUGAAAUAUAUCUUUAAGCAAGCAAAUUCUCUAAAAAUGUUGCACAUAAUUAUAAAUUACUUGGAUUUUGGAUUCUAUGUAUACAGUGGAUUCUUUCAGAUUGUGAUUAUCCUUGCAGCUACUCACAGUCUGAAAGAGUCUAUUAUUAUACCAACCUGUUUUAUACAAAUGUGGUGAAAUGCUCAGUUAAGCACCCAUCCCAAAAUUAAAAUCCACAUGAACAGAAUAUCAUCUGUGUGCAUCUAAACACUCUCAUUCUGAACACAUUUUAAAAACUAAUUAGCAGUUGCUUCCAUCUUUGUCUUUUGGUCCUUGAACUCAGGGGUCUGUGUUUCUUUUGUUACAUUUAGUUUUAUCCCUAACAUGUCCAACAGUCUAAAAGAUGCAGUUCCCUACUCUUCUUUACAGAUUAUUGAUACUGGUAACCACUGAAAAAAACUGUCAUUCUUCUAAGGUCAUGGGACACAGAGAAAACUAAAUAUUUUCACCUAUUAUUAAUAUUCCUAGAUGUUAGUAUUCCUAGAUGAUGGGAGAUUAAAAGAGUACUUAAAUUCAAAACUGGGUGAAGAGAUGGUUUAGUGGGAGCCAGCCAAACUAAUCAAGAGUCUGAGUGCCAAAAUGUUCCUAGUCAGCCCCCAAAAGAGAGGUUUAUUUAUUUGACGUGGUUGUUUUUAGUGUUUGGGAUUACUUUUUGGUGUUAGUAAUGACGGACUUGUAAACUUAGUGGCCUAAGCCACUUUUCACCUCUUGCACAGAAAGGAUGUGCAACACUUACAGCCACUCAAAGCUGGAGGCAGAAUUGUCACUCUUCCGGAAAGGUAGUGAUCACUACUAGUAGAGAAAAGCCAAGAAAGUGCUCAGAAAAAGAUUGACACUGAAAAAGUAUGGUAAAACAAUACAGUAAAGAAAGGGAGCUGCGGGGGAGAGAGUCAUUAAUUUUGGUAUAAAUGACAUUGUGCUGGUCAGGGGAAUCUCAGGUGCUUUUAAAAAACAAAACAAAGGUAAGCUCGUUUGCACCUGGGAGGAGGGAAGAUAAUUGAAAGGUGUUCUUAAAGAUGGUAUCUAGGUUAUACCUCUGUGUAGCUAGUUAUAUAGCAAGUUUCUGAACUAUCCAAAUAGUUUAGGGAGAGCAGAGAUCUAGAUGUGAAUCUUUCAAGUCUUGUGUGUCAUUUGAAUGAUGGAAAUAAUACAGUCCAAGUAGAGUUAUUUGAGGAUGAACAGAGACACUUUGUUGCAUAACAGCUGUCUAACAGGUGUAAGAGACAUUUGUAUGCUGUGAACGGUUUUGUUUUAAUGUAUUGUUCAGCAAGUAAUGUCUUUUGUAUUGAAAAUAAAUGUGCAAAAGACUUAAAAUACAAUCACUGGUAUGAAGCUUGGUUUACACAAGAGUGUUUUGUGGAUAGAAAUAAAGUUCUGUCAACAAAACCUUGUGUUCAUCUACCUAUGUAAUGCCUGAAGGCUAACAAAAACCUAGGUUUGUGUUGGCUAAGACAUACCACCUCCCUUAGUGACACAAUGAUCAUGUCCUUAUAAACCAAACAAAUAAGGACAUUCUUUGGCUCAGUUAGUGCAGGAAGACUGCUGCAGCUAACAUGUGAUGCCACCUGUUCUGGUCAUGGUUAUUGUCAGUGUGGGUAUAAUUAUUGUCCAAAUUCAAGCUGGAAAUCGUGGCCCACUCCCCUUCUCACACUGCUCCUAAUCUCCCUUCUGUCUUGGGAAAACCUCUUUCCUUGUCCUGCCACCUGUGUAAGUGGAAAGGUAUGGCUUGCCACAGAGGAAUGCACUCUGAAAUCCUGUCCUUCUGAUUAGAGCAAGGAGGAAGUGCUGGUCCUCUUCAGCCGUUGGGGAGAUGCAGAUAUUCAGUAUCAGCUCCACCAGAAUUGCGGGAAGAGUCAUUUACAAGGGCAGAGCAUAGCAACGAGUUCAAGUGGGCUCCCUGCCAGCUCUACCACAGGGUUAACAUGUGGAACAACAAAAUGGGAGCUGCUUCAUUGAUGUGCCCCUUUUUGUUGAGAGCCUCACACCAUUUUUUGGCAGGGAAUGAGCCAUGACACUGACUGUGGAUAUCCUGCAGGAUCUUGAGGACAGAACCUCCAAAGCAAUGAGGCGGACACUGAUACCUUGGACAAGCAGGAGGGAGAUUGCCAAGGCAGAUCAUAACUCAUUGUGCCCUGCUCUGCUUUGGACCAGGUGUUCCAUAUGCAGGCCAACCAAAGGCAGAACCAGUCCCAAAGAACAGAAUGCAGCAAGGAAGAAGACAGCGUUGUGUUCUUGGCUAGGCUGGUCAUAUGAGGCACAUCUUUAACAUUAGUGGCAAGGCCAACACUAAUGAGGAAAUGAAAAAGAUGCUCCAGGGAGGACAUAUUCCUAGGGUAUUAAAAUACACAGACAUGGACAAGAAGCAGCUGAAUAAGGGGCUCUCUAGGACCAUGAAUGGACAGUAAGUAGAGGAAGAUGCUGUAAGAAAUGGGCAGCCAUCAGAUACAGCACAUUGCACCCCUCUCCCCUUUUUAACCCACGGAAAAUGCCAUCUACAAAGAGUCUUGCACACUACCUAUGCCAUGACAUAGAUAUAACUACUGCCCCCCAAGCAUCCUCUCAGCAUCAACAGAACUGCAAGAAAAUUACAGCUUCCCAGAGCUCAAAGGCUAGCCUAUGUGCUUACAAGCACUUGAACUUUCUUCUUCAGGACUUCGCAUAUCCUGAUGUGAAAUGCUUAUGUUGCCUUUUCUGGCUGAUUACUCAUGAGUUGACUUGAUCCGUCUGUUUUCAUGAAUGUAUACAUUGCGCUACACUUUGUUUCACCCCAAAUAAAAUCUUUUCUAUUGAAUACUGUUCUGUUCUCCGUGUUAAAAAAUUCAUGGUUGCCUAUAGGGCACAGACAAAAAAAAAAAAAAAAAAAAAAAAAAAAUCACAUAAUGUAGUGAUGUGCUUUUUUUGAGACUUGGCCAAAUUAUUACCUCAUGUCUGAAUGUCUAGACUACAAGCUGUUCAUCUAACCUUGUAUGUAAAAUUUCCAUGUGUCCAUAGGCAGAACAGAUUUGAUCAUAUUAAAGAACAAUUCAGCAUCCCUAGUGAUGGUGGAGAAAGAAAACACAUGGGACUAGACAUUCAAAAAUUGUCAUGCGAAUUGGAGAUGGGACAAAGCAGAGGAAAAGUGUAUGGAAAAUGCACCCCAAACACCUACAUACACCUGCAUUUUCUUUAGUGCAGCAUCAGCAUCCAUAAAUGUGCCACUCAGGUUCCAAAAUGCAUUGCAGGGGAGAAUGCUGCCACUGGCGUAUGUGCCCACAGUGUGCUUCACCUAUAGCUGACACAGCUGUUGGUGGCAAGAGUACACAGCACUCGCACAAUCAGUAGCCUGCUUGCACACACUGGUGCCUCGGGACAGUUGACUGCUGUAAGCCAAGAGGACUUUUCUUUGUAGGUGAAGCCUGCCAUGUGAGAUGAUGUACAAUGAAACCUAAAUAUUGUUGAGCAUGGUUUGCAAAUAUUAAACUGUUUCAUGCUGUCUAAAAGUUAGUGUUCUUGCUUGUCUAAAAGCGACACUAAAUAAAACUUUAAUCAAAGAAGCACUUACACGAGUAUAUUUAGUACUAAGGAAUAUUCUUGACACAAGUUAAAUAAAUAGCUUUCCCAGAAGAGGAGAUGGUGUUACAUUAAGCUUCAUUAAUAAUAAAACUGGCUAUUAGCAUUUCGCUAGAAUGGCUAGAACUGAUUUCCUCUGUAAUGGGCAAAGUUAAAUAACUACAGCUCAUAAGUUUAAAGUCAAAUACUGCUCAUUCAUUGCUACUGAUCUUGUCAAUAUUUUUCUGUAAAGGUUUGGUCUCAACACAAGGCUGAUAAAAUGGUUUUUAAUUACCAGACUAUAAAUACAGCGUUUCAUUGGAGUUGCACCUCCA